GUUUUGGAGGACGCAAUAAUGGAGAUGAGGGCUACAUCCGCCAAACCCGCACGGAUUGAUGAUGAUGACCCGACUCAUCCUCGUCAACAUGCCAACUGCAUUCAGGGCGGGCAGGAGCAGGAUCACGCAGCCCGGGUUCGCCAAUGGGAAGAGGACAAAGCAAGACUGAAGAACAAGAUGGAGCAGCAGCAUCAAAGACAGCAAGAAGAGUUAAAGCGCCACCAGGAAAGCGCCAGCGCACACGUGAAGCAGUUGCACGAGGAAUACCGGCGACAAAUACACCUACGCAACUUGCGCCUGGACGAGGCAAACCGCCAAGCGGAACAACAAAACGCACGCAUUGCAAAACUCGCGGAGGAGAAGACGGAGGCAGAGGACCAAGUGAAACAGCAGACCGCUAGGAACGCAAAACUUGUGGAGGAGAAAGCUGAGGCAAAAAACCAAGUGAAAAAGCAGACAGCUCGUAUCGCAAAGCUUGUGGAGGAAAAUGCCACGGAAUUUGAUAAAGUGGAGCAACAGGCUGCCCGCAUCGACAAACUCGCGGAAGAGAACUCGAGGCUGCGCAGGCAACGACCGCAACGCAGUUGGGUAACGGAGACCGCGUUCGUAUCGUCCCAGACUUUGUUCGGAAAAAAAGUAGCAGAAGCCUCGGGGGGAGCACCCGCACCUGCUGGCGAAGCGCCUGCACAGCUACACAAGAAACAUCAAGCGACAGCCACCGACGUAAAGACAUCAGAACCCCGUCGUGGUGAUCAGCUUCAUGGCGGAGCUAGGGCAAACUGUAAACAAGUUCACGAUGCAGGUACUGACCAGGAACCGAGCCAAGCGCAGAAGCAGGUUGCAGUCAUCAGAACUUUGGCGCAGGAUUAUCCUUUGCGUAUUAACCUUGCCAUCGUCCACCUCAGAGUCAGAUUGUCAUGCCUAAAUUGCAGCACCAGGUGCUGCAGAAAUAGUUUGUCUUGUAGUCUUGCGCGUGGUUUUUCUACGGUGGAGUCUUCAUACAUCUACAACAUGCUCACUACACCAAAUAGAAGCUGCGGCUGCAGCCGAAGAUGGUAUUAGAAGUCUGACACAGGAUAAGCAAAACACAAAUCUGCGGACGGAGAUCGCGCGCGUGACGAUGGAGAAGAACCGCUUAGUGAAAUCUGUCUCAGAAAAGACGCGCGAGUAUGAGAAUGCCGAGCAUAUGCGUAUUGUGGAACUGACAAAGACGCGAACGAUGCAGCAGAAGCUCGAUAUGAGCACGAAACUGCGGCAGGAGAAAGAGGCCUGCAUCCAGCAGAUGAAAGCUAACAACCAGCGCAUGACUACGGAGCAGGCCGGGCGCACUAAGCAGUUGGAAAAGGAACGCGCAAAGCAGGGCGACCGAAUCAAGCAGUUGCAGAAGGAAUGCGCUAAUAAGGGCAACCGCAUUAAGCAGCUGGAGACGGAAGGCACGAAACAGGGCAACCGCAUUAAGCAGUUGGAGAUAGAAGGCACGAAGCAGGGCAAGCGCAUUAAGCAGUUGGAGGAGGAAAACGCUAAGCAGGGCGACCGCGUCAAGCAGUUGGAAGAAGAAAAUGCUAGGCUCGCUGCUGAAGUAGCGAAGAACAGCGCUGCAGCUGUGUCUGCCGGUGGUCCUGCUGGAGGAAGAAGCGCAACGACUUCUGGCCGCGCGACCAGUCUCCUGGGCGGGGGCGGCUUAGUUAAAAAUCAUGGCGAAAUUAAAGCGGACGAUCUGUUCCCAAUCUUAGAUGAUUUCAAGUGUCCGAUCAUGCACGAAUUGAUGGAGGACCCAGUUUGUACAAACGACGGCCACACCUACGAGCGGAGCGCCAUCGCAGAGUGGUUCCGGACGGGCAACAAAACGUCGCCGAUCACGGGCAAGACUCUGAAAUUCACGACGCUGCGUACCAAUCACGCCCUGCGGAAGGCCAUCGCUGCCUAUUUAGCGGAGCGGGUAGCCGCUACGGCGGACAUCCAGCGCGAGCGCGCGGCCCUCGAGGAGGAGGCGGAGCGUGCUGCACUAACAAAAGACUCUUACAAGGAGUCCGCCCGGUUUUUGGCAUUGCAGGGACGGGCAGUCGGGGCAGAGGCUGCGGAAUUGCGGGACGCAGAGGACGCCCGUGUCAUUCUCGGGCUUUUCCGCGAGGAUUCGAGCAUGAGGGGCAGCAGUGGGAGAAAGAUAAAAAACGCCACGCGAGGAAGCGCGCUCAUCGCCGUAGCCCCGUCUGUGUUUUCGAAAGAAAAAUUGUCGACUCAACAAGAAAAAGAUGCUGAAGCGGAUGGGCCACAAAUCUCGACGGCGGCGUACGACUUGCGGCUUGCGCUGUUUCGCGUGUUUGCGGAACGCAACACCGACGUCGUGCCCAUGAAUCUUUUGCAGGACAGAAUUCGUGCGGAAACCACCAUCAGCAAUUCUCGGCUCGGGAAGUCGCUCAGCGAACUUGCGUAUCAAAUGUAAAAAUGUCUGGGUCUGGAAACUUGUGAUGCUGGGUGUCGUCUCAUGAUGAGGCUACACAUGCUGGCUCAGCAUGACAAGUUUCUGAGCUCCUAGGUGUUGCCUAUUCUGCAUGACAAACUGCGCUUCUGCAUCACAGAAAGACGGAGCUCUAGGGUAACGCGCAUGACAGACUUAAGAGUCACGCCAGACAAGCAUGACAAACAUGAAUUCUUCCAGACCCAGACAUUUUUGCAAUCCAUAUUGCGCAGCAGAAGGAAAUUCUGAUCGAAAACGGAUUUGUGCAUUUGGAUCCGGAGAGAACCAGAUUCGUAGUGGCUGAAGUAGACGACGACGACGACGAGGAGGUGCCGGUUGAUAAAAUUGAAAAAAGACCUGUGUUGCUAUCCGGCGCGGGCGCCGCGUCUCGAAAUAUUAGUAACAAGCGCAGGAGGAUGAACAUCAGUAUGGACGACGAGCAAGAUGGUCAUGAAACCUCGUGCUGGAGAGCUGCGAAGCGGGUGUUUUUGGAUCCCAUGCGGAAGCGUGAGUCUGACGCAAUUUCUUUGUCCAGCAGUGCAAGUGCAAGAAGCAGAUCCUUCGACGCAGCAGAAUUAUCAUCAUCCGGGGAAGUAGACGAGGGCAAGGCAGAAGAAGAAAAACGUGAACAAGAAUUGGAUCAAGCUUCGUUGACGGCUUUCAAGCGUACGGUCUUCAGACUGUUCACGGAGUUGAAAAGAUACGACGUGCCCCUUAGUGAGCUGAAAAAGAAGGUACGCAGCGAGACUGAUAUUGACGACCGAACGACUGUUGCCUGCUUGGUCAGGAUGGUAGAACAGAGAAAGAUUAUUAUCGAGGCUGACAUGGUUUACCUGACAGCAUGAGCUAGAGUUAGUCUUAGAAGUAUCUUGUUGAGGGAUCGCCAUCGAUUUAAUGGAGUGCAAGUCGCUAACUGUGUAUUAAUGCUAAUGUCGUUCGUCUAUUUAAUUUUCAUUUUGAAACACGGCUUCACGAGUCGCGAACUCUUCCCCGUGAAGGUGUUUCAGCGUCUUCCCCCCGCCGCAAACAGACGCUUUCCUUAAGUUGUGACGUGAACUUUAGACGCAAGCGUAGAAUUGCCUGCGGCGGUUUCUACUGUGAACACUGCUCACAGAUCAGACGAAUUUGCAAAUCUCUAGCUGUUGGUCGUCGUCGAUGUGUCCCCCCUCGCAUUUUUUAACCAUACAAAUGCAAGGAAAA